AGGAAUUCAAAAAAAAUGCAUGCUGAAGAUUUUGUCUAUCAUUUUGUUGCCUUCGUAUUCUACUUUGGAGCGUCAGUCCUGGAAGCAGCAGUAACGGCUGCAGCUGCAGAACAUGGCUUCAUCAAUGCAACUUCAUCUGGUGUUGUGACCUUUGGAGAAUACAGGCAGUACAGUAUAAAUGUUGUUGCUACGAUAUUCUGUUUUGUUGUUACUCUGUGUUACGCCUGCAGUUUGGGUCUUGCUUUGAGGAGAUGGAAGCUGUAAAUCACAAGAUGCGAACUGUUUGGGAGGGUGUGGAUGGCUGGAUUCAUUACCAUUGGCACAACAUCCUUGAAGACACUGAAGUUACUUCCCAAGAGAGGGGUGGUCCUUUUGUAGACUAAUUCUGUUUAAUACUGAAGUAUUUUUGCAGCAGCGAUGGAUUUUGUUUAUAAAUUAAUAGCUUUUUUAUGAUCAUUUUCAGUGUUAAGUUCAGAAGUUUGUGAAAUAGAAUAAAAUAGUUUCCACUUUA